AUGCAUGCUUCAAGAAUCUUGAUAAUAUCGAAUGUUGGUCUCGUAAAUGAAGUGUUCCAAACCCAGGUAUGUCAAUUGCCUAAGGCCAGGUGCUAUGUAGCUAACCUUUCAGGAUGUUUGAAUCCUACCAGGCGUCUUGUUACAAAUGUUCUCCUUUCAUUCAUCACCACGCCUAGAGCUGAUACAAAACAAUUCAAGACUCUCUCAUUGUUGCCUACCAUUCUAUCCUGGAACAACAACCCAUGGCAACAAGUGGGCCUACAGAAAGCUACCUUUAGGAGUUCAUGUACUAUCUGUAAUGGAUCAAUUACAAAGGUUUUGUCAGAUCUGCAAUGUACUUCACUUUGA